AUGGAGAUUCCGAAGAACCUGUUGCCGGACGAGGCAAGCCCGGAGUGGCUAAACAAGGGGGACAACGCAUGGCAGCUCACGGCAGCCACCCUCGUCGGCCUCCAAAGCAUCCCGGGCCUAGUCAUUCUCUAUGGCGGCAUGGUCAAGAAGAAAUGGGCCGUCAACUCUGCCUUCAUGGCCCUCUACGCCUUCGCGGCCGUGCUCGUGUGCUGGGUGGGCUGGGGCUUCCGCAUGGCCUUUGGGGACCGGCUUUUCGACUUCUGGGGAAAGCCGGCUGUUGCUUUGGACGACAAGUUUCUGCUCGACCAGGCUUUUCUGGGGUACUUUCCUAGCGCGACCAUGGUGCUGUUUCAGGCAGUGUUUGCGUCGAUCACGUUGAUCUUGGUGGCGGGGGCUUUGCUGGGGAGGAUGAAUUUCCGGGCGUGGAUGGUGUUUGUGCCGCUUUGGCUUACGUUUUCUUAUACGGUUGGUGCUUAUAGCGUGUGGAGCCCUGAAGGGUGGCUGGCCAAGCUUGGGGUUAUUGAUUUCGCCGGAGGAUACGUGAUCCAUCUCUCCUCCGGUGUUGCUGGAUACACUGCUGCUUACUGGGUACAUGGGCUAAGCUAG